UCGCACUACAGGAGCAAAGCGUCGCUCUCCGCCAAGUUUACGUACUGCGAAGCGUUUUGCUCCGGAGCGAAGAGAAGAGCGGCACCAAACACUGCGGCGCACUGCACCGCUCAUUAUAGGGCAGAAGAGGGACGCCAUGGACAGAUGCAAAUGAAUAGAGGAUGUUCUCCAACCACCACAUCCAUCCUCUCAUCGUCUUCAAGUCUCGUUGAACAAUCCAGCAUGUCUUUUCCGCAUACCUUUGCGAUCCAUCCUGAAGCAGAACCGGUUUCACCUGAUCCUCCGCUAUGAUCGCAGCAGCCAGUGCUUUAGCUCAACAAAGGCGAUCCUGGUACAGAGUCAGUCGGUCAUCCUCGGGCAGAGACCCACACGCCUCUUUAAUUUUGCUCUCAACCCGUUUCGCUCGGUGGACGGCGGCCAAAUAUUCUGGCUACGCUGGAGUCCGUGGAGAGAGCGCGCUGGGAUGGAGACGUGUUGUCGCUGCUGUAUGCCAUGCCUGAAGCGGUUAUGGGACAGCAUAUGGCCCGAAAACUAUCCGAACCUCCAUCGUCCGGACGACAUUCGCACCGUUUCAGGUGGUAUCCGGGUCCCGGCGCCCAAGAAGAAGCCCGCGCAGCUGUACGCGGCUCUGUUCGACUUCGUAGCCCGCAGUGAGGAAGAGCUGUCGGUGAAGGAAGGGGACAAACUGUCUGUCAUAGAAAAGAGGGGAGAUUAUGUGCUCGCCAAGAAGCUGACGGGGUCCCUGGAGUCCGGACUGAUCCCUGCCAAUUAUGUGGCCCUCUUGAAAGACGAAUUCGCUAACUACAAAUGGUACUAUGGAAAUAUCAACAGACAAAAGGCUGAGAAGCUGCUUUUGUCUUCGGAGAAUAAAACUGGCUCCUUCCUGGUGAGGAUCAGCGAGAGCCACAGCGAUGAAUACACUAUCUCUGCCAGAAGUGAAAAUAGCGUCUUCCAUUUCCGUAUUCAUCGCUCGCCGAUUGGUGCUUACUUCGUGUCUGAGAAGAUCUCUUUUGGCACUCUGGACGAGCUCAUCAGAUACUACCAGCAAAACUCCAGAAGCCUGGGAUGCCACCUAGACCAGCCGUGUGUACAGCGAAGGGAGCUGUUUGACAUGGAGCCAUGGGAAAGACCCAGAGAGGAGUUCAUGCUGGUCAAGAAGCUUGGAGAAGGCCAUUUUGGAGAAGUCUGGGAAGCCGUCUGGAAAACACAAAAGCAGAAAGUGGCCAUCAAGAUGCUCAAACAAGAGGACACAAAGCUGGAUGAGUUUGUGAAGGAGGUUCAUGCACUGAAGAACCUGCACCACCCCAAACUGAUCGAGCUGUUGGCUCUGUGCUCACGAGGAGAGCCCGUCUACAUCGUCACAGAGCUCAUGGCGAAAGGAAGUCUCAAAUCAUACCUUUCUUCAGCGGAGGGUCAGCUGUUAACCUCGGCUCACCUGAUCUACAUGGCUGCUCAGAUAGCAGAAGGAAUGGCGUAUCUGGAAGAUCGGCACAUUGUCCACAGAGAUCUAGCAGCUCGAAACAUCCUGGUUGGAGAUGACCUGGUGUGUAAAGUGGCUGACUUUGGUCUGGCGCGCAUCAUCAAGGAUAGCGUGUUUACAGCAAGUAAAACUACCAAGAUUCCUGUGCGCUGGACGGCUCCAGAAGCUGCUCUUUAUCAGCGAUUCUCCGUCAAAUCUGAUGUCUGGUCUUUUGGAGUGCUGCUGUAUGAGAUGAUGUCACGAGGAAAGAUGCCCUACGAUGGGAAGACUAAUAAGGAAGUGAUGGAGGCCCUGUCGUCGGGUUACAGGUUAGCGUGCCCAAACCGCUGUCCACCAAACAUCUACCGCAUUAUGUUGGAAUGCUGGAACAACGAAGCUUCCAAACGGCCCUCGUUUCAUGCCCUUCACAGUCAGCUGGACAACAUCUACUCAAGACUUUACUUCAAAACCAUUGAGGUGUGAAGAUGUGGACAGAAAUAUGAACAAAGAAACGAUUUGCAUGGACAAAAGUGCACAUAUGAUAGACUUUCUUUUGGAUUGCUUGUUUUAAUGAAGUUAUGUGCAAUGGUAAAUGCUUGCUUAAGAGGAUAAAAGAGCAUGAGAGUGGAGGAGAAUGUGGAUUAGAAAUUGUGAAAAGGUGAAAUGUGCAUCUCCUUAAUCUGACAGGGCCAGAUUAUCUGUAGUUUGUCAUAGCAACCCUUGAUCAUAAGUGGAUUUAAGUAGAUGUUGAGCACUGAUAUGCACCAUUUUAAUACACAGCAUUUGAGCUGCACUUAGUUUUUUUUUAGCUAGAGUUGAUCUGGCCCAUUCAGUUUCUGUAGCAGUACUCUGAGGAAAAAAGUUAUAAAAGCUGUCACUGAAGUGGGACCUUUGCAAAAUAUAUACCUUUACAGUCCAUGUAAAAUCAAAAUUUACAGUUUAUUUUGCUUGCGCACAUUAUUAUUCUUUAGGUGAACACUUAAUCCAGUGAAAAAAGUUGGUCACACUUUAUUUUGAUGGUCCAUUUUUUGAAUGUCAAUUACAUUUCAUCUACAUGCCAAAUAAUUCUCAUUAGAUUAUAAGUAGACUGUUUGGUUGGGGUUAGGGUAAAUUGACAUGUACUUGCUAAGUUUCUAUAGUCAGUUAAUGUCUGUUGAAGGAGCAGUAUCAGCAGAUAUUAAGCAGACAGUCUACUAAUACUCAAAUGGACCAUCAAAAUAAAGUGUUAUGUAAGUGUUUUGUAAUCUUCAACCAAAGUCUGACCAUUUGCUUCUGCAUUUGGAGUGGCGGUCCUUUUCUGUUGGUUAGUUUGAAGGCUUCAGUUACAAUAUUUUAACCACACCCCUCCUAACAUUAGUUUGUUAUGAGGGAACGAUUCGUCCCACCCACUACUCAAUAUUCUAUUUUAUUUGGAAGUGCAUCAGCAUAACAUACAAUACAAUGCAAUGACAUACUGAAGUCACUGCAACUUAAGUUUCACGCUGACUUUAUGAUACUAGUAUAGACAGUUGGUUAAUUUUCAUACUUUUGACCCUGCACUUAACCCUGAGUUGUUGUGUUUUUAAACACUGCUUUUUAGCCUGGUUUAUGAAACCCUGGAGCAACUCUCAUUCUAUCAAACACUCUGGACAUUCACACAAAAAUGUUGUUAUAUAGUUGUUACUUUAUCUGAAUUAAAGAAAGUCAAAUAGGAGUAGAAAAUGCACCUAUUUGUGAACAGAAUAGUUUCAAUCUUACCUUUAUAGUCUGGAUAGUGCAAUGGGUCACAUACUGCAUAUUUCCAAUCACUGACACUACAAAUAAGCAUAUGAAUACCCAGGAAUAAUUGUGAGUGGUGUGAAUUGUGAUAACACGGGAUUCUCUUUACCCAGAGUUAACCAUUUCAAGAGUGUCAAGCCCAAAUAUGUACCUUUAAGGUAACAUUAUGCACUCUUGUACAAUAAAUAAGAAACAAAGGUGACGUCUUUACAAGCUGACAGCUUUUACAACUUCCUUCAAAGAGUGUAGGUACAAGAGGUCUUAUUUGAUCUGAAGCUUUCAGGUCUGAGUUUAUGUUUACAAAAGUUUCACCUGUCAGAGUACGGACAGGUGUCAAGAUGGUGAAAACUACGGCCAUUUUAAGUUAUAACUGUUGAGUGUCUUGAGCCUAUGUGAAGGCAGGCUGCACAAAUAACUGUUUUCUACCAGGUAAACUGAUCUUGAAACACUGUGGUGAACACAGGAGCCAUAUGACUAAACUACCUGGGUAGCUUUCUUUGUGAUCGGUUUCGUAGAAAUCAUCCAUGUCAAAAGUCAAUUGUCUUCCAGUGCAUUAUUAUAUAAGAUGAAUUCUUCAGAUGACACUUGUGAAUAAAGUAUUUUUUCAGUA